AUGCGCGAUGCAUCAGCAAAGCCCGGGAUUCGUUCACACACGACCUUUGCGGGAAGGGCUGCAAAUGUGACGGGCUACAACGCAGGAUUAGGUGUUGCUAUCGCCCAGGAGCUCUCGUGUCGAGGCGCGAGCGUGGUAGCCAAUCACCCAUCCCCGGCCCUUGCCGACGACGCUCAGAGGGUGGUCUCGGGCCUGCUGACGGUACCGACCUCGAUAGCUGUUGAGGCAGACCUCUCGACCGAGGGCGGCCCUCGGAGGCUCAUAGACGCCGCUGUGGCGAGGUACAAGACGGUUCAUGUACUCGUCAAUAACUCCGGCCUGGCUGUCAACAAGCCCACCCUCCGAAACUGGAAGAAGCUGGUCGGUCUGAACGCGAGGACCGUCUUCAGCCUCGUCCAGGCCGUCCUAUCGCACCUGCCGGACCCGUCACACUCGACCCAGGAGCACCCGCAGAGCGAUGGCGGACACAUUCUCAGCAUCGUGUCCAUCUCGUCCCGCGCCAUCUACGCAGGCCCAAAUGGCAUGGUCGACAACCUGACCAAGGAGCUUCCACCCCGCUACGACUGCACCGUGAACGCCAUGUGCCUCGGUUCGACCAUGACGGCCGGGUUCGCGGCGGCUGGGCAAGAGUUCAUGAAGGACACGGCCCCCGUCAAGGCCCAGACCCCCAUGGGUCACCGCCUGGCUCGGCUCGAGGAGACUGCUUCCGGGGUGGGACUCAUAUGCGAGCCGAGGGCGGGCUCGAUCAACGGGCUCAUCUGA